ACAAGUUGUGUGAAGCAGACGUAUUUUGAAGCAAAAAUUCACGAAAACAACAUUAAAUCAUGAGUGAAUCUAAAACAAAUUCUGGAGACAGCAAACCACUAGUGAAUCCAAAAGAAAGUGAAAGACAAUCUACAGAAGAGCAGGAAGCGGACGAUAUAGAUACAGAAAUGAAUUUUUCAAGCUACAGUUCAUCAGUUCCUAGAAAAAAUGAGAAAAGAAAACCAGAAAAAGCAAAGUCGUCAUCUGGUAAAAGUUCUAUAGUAAGUUGGUUCUUUGGAAAACGAUAAUUUAGAGCCAACUUGAUAAGUCAAGAAUAAAACUUUAAGUAAAUGUGCAUUGAAAUAAAAAAAGUAAAGCUAACUUAUAAAAUGGAUGAAAAAAAUGUGGAAGUCAUUUUAAAUAUCAGAAUUAAAAUUUCAUCUAAAGUUGGUCUGUGCAGCAAUUCAAUUUUAACAAGUGAAAUCUCAGAAAUUUGCUUCAAAACCUUGAUUGACACUAAUACAAGAGUAAAAACGAGAAACAUCUAACACUAUCAAUGCCGGUAUAAUAAUAAAGCUUGAUAAUGUUCACGACGUUUAAUCCAUCACGUGAAAAAAUUUGAUUCAGUGCCAACAUGUUGUAGCAUUUAAAAUAUUUCUUGUUAAUUAAAGCUUUGAAGCUUUAUGCAAACCGACCU